GGCGAUCAUUCGUGCUCUCCGCUUGCUGUCCUCCUCGGUUGUCUAUACAACCCUCCGGACCCUCACAAGGCGAUACAUGGCCGAGCCCCUAUGGCAGGAGCAGCUCCGGCAGCGGCUUAUAGAACGCAACGCGAAGGAGUCGGCGUUCGCACCUAUCAUUGAGCAAUAUCGCAGGCUUUCCCAGCAAACGAAGCUGCUGAAGGAACGGAACGCAUCCCUGCUGAAAGCAGUGGGUACUGUGAGGACCAACCCCAGCACUUCAACGGUUUACGUCCCAGGAACCGGUGGAGACAACCCCGUGCAAGCCGCGUACAUCACGUCGCUGGAGAGUCAAAUAUCAUCGCUACGAGAUGAGCUCGCGACCGUGUACAAAACUCAGGGGCAAAAUGCGCAACGACUGCUCUCCAUGAACGAGACGUUGCGUGAAAAGGAGGAGCAGGCGCGAAUGGAGGGGGAGAAUCAUCGCAAAGCCCGCGAUGAAGUGCUAGUGUUGAGACGGAAGGUCGAGCAACAUGCGGAGUUGAUGGCAGAGAAGGAUCGGACGGCGCAGGCACGCAUACUGCACGACGAGAUCAACACCCUCCAGUUGGAACUUGGCCAAAUCGAGGAGAGGAACGCGGCGCUGCAGAAGGAUAACGCCAAACUCCUCCAGCGUUGGCUCGAUGCGAAGCAGGCGGAGGUCAACCGAAUGAACGAGGCGAACCAAUUUUACCAGGAGAUGCGAUCGCAGACAAAGGCCAUAGUCAACUGGCGAGAUGACUCUGGCGUCGCCGCCAUGUCUGACGCGCUUCAAGACGCCGGCGAUACGCCUGCGGUAUCGAAUCAGGAUCAGGUGUCGGGAAACGGGGAGCUCAAGGACCCGACGAGCACGGCGGAGACGAAGGAUGGGAUACGAUCUCAGACGGACAAGGGCGUGAAUCUGACUCCGAAUGGCUAGUUGUCGCAGACGAUUAGGCGUUGAGGCUGCGCAUCACAAUACCUGGUAUGAACGGACCCUUCGCUUCAUGGCCACCGUUUUCAGAACUGCUCGCUUUAUAUCUAUUUAUUUUGGAUGCUUUCGGAUGUAUACAGCCCUUUAAUUAGGUCCCGAAAUGGAAGGUGGUCAAGAUUGACAUUGAC